AUGCCACCUUUACCAUGUAUCCUAGAUAAAUAUAUUAUUAAGACUAACGAAAAAAUAAACAAAAAUAAUACGAAAAAAUGCCCAAAUUUUGUUGCUGAAACAACACCUGAAGAAAGAAAAGAGGUCUUUAAGCUAUGUGAGGUUUCAACUAAAGAAAAUAAUGAAACUAUAUCUUCUACUUCAUAUUCUUCGACCUCAAACAUAAUUCGAUCUUCAUUUUUUGGACCAAUAGAUAAUUAUAUCGUCAGAACUUUGUCAUCUCAAGAUAUGAAAAAGUUUCAUCAACUUAUUUUAUGGCUUACGGUUUCUUGUGGGUGGGCAUUGCACUGGGUGAAUAAACCUGAAGCAACUGAAUUGUUUGAAUUUCUUAACCCAUUUCUUAAGCUUCCUGAUCGGCAUUUACUUGGAGAACGAAUCUUAAAUGAAACAACUCGUGAAUCUGACAAAGCAACAUUUGCUAUGCUACGCAAAGUUAAUCUUUCAUUUUUACAUUAUAUAGAUGUUAGAUAUUUGGAAACUUCACGUACUGGAACAGACCGCAAAUUAAAACGUGAAAUAUAUGAAAUUAUUAGUUCUGCAAACUUUUGGACCAAUAUUCAUUAUGUAUUUGAUAUCCUCAAGCCAUAUUGCAUUAUUUUAAAUAAAUUACAGUCUGACAAAGCUCGAUUACACCAGCCUGAGAAAGCAUUACGAAUGAGCAAAUUGCAUGCAGAUAUUACGUAUAAUCAUCGAAAACAACCAGAUUUAGCAAUCGAUCAAAUGCAUACAUAUAAUGAUAUUUUUGAACAGCAAUCUACAGAUAUAGAUCCUGUAGAACAAACUAAUAUUGAAAUAUCUACUUUAGUUAGUGAAAAUAAAUUGAGUUUUUCCGAAGAUGUUGAAAUAGAAGAAUCUUCAGAAAAUGUAGAAAUGGAGGAAAUAGAUGAAUUUUCAGAUGAGGAAUUUGAUAACGAACUUACAGACGAUGAAGAAAAUUUUGAUACCUUUUUGCAGGAAUGGUUAAAUAUGUUAGAAGAAGAAAGACUACGGUUUGAAGAAGAAUAUAUGGAAGGAGAAUACGUGGAUGAAGAUGAAUUUUCUAUAAAUAAUAUUGUUCAUCCUGCAAUUGACGCUAAUGCAAAAUGGGAAUUGGCUACUCUUUUUAAAGAAUUAGAGUUAA